AACACCACUAUUUUCCUCGUUCUUCCACAUAACCCGAAAACCACUUCGAAGAGAAUUCUGCUCUCUAUAGAAAUGGCGUCCGCGAGCGCACCAACAAGGUCGGAGGUCCUCUCUCUCUUCCGGUCUCUGCUACGGACGGCGCGCGAAUUCAGCGACUACAACAUCAGAGAGUACGCCAAGCGCCGGACCGUCGACGCCUUCCGCGACAAACGGAGCCUCUCCGAUCUCUCCGCCGUCUCCGCCGCCUUUUCCGACGGAAAGUCGCAGCUCGAGGUUGCUCGCCGGCAGGCCAUCGUCUACCAGCUCUAUUCCCCCAAGGUCAAGAGCGUCAUGGACGUCAAACCCCCCCGCCACGCCUGAGCUCAAUAAUCCCGAUCAGGAAAAAACUAGGAUUUACGAGCUUCUCACGUCUCGUCGGUACUGGUUCUUGUAGCUCUCGAUUCUAAUAAUUCUUUUUUAAUCAAGGAAUUCAAAUCUGCAGUUGUAUAUCUUCUAUGGACGUGGAGAAUUGGGGAUUUUGUGGUGAACUAUUAGGGUUUUUGUUUUUGUUUUGGGAAUUUUAUGAAGUAAAUGAAUGAGCUUUGGGGUUUACUGAGAUAUAAAUAAAUUUGCUUUCUAUA